AUGGAACGUGCAGGUGUGUUUUCCCGUAUACAUAGCCCACCGCUUUCUCCAGCUCCUAGGGCGUAUGAGAAACGAACAUAUCAACAUCUACGACAAGAUUCUCGCAGAGCUGACUAUGAUCGUCGUAGGAGAGAUCAUGGCAGUGGCACAUCCAAACAUUCUGCAGUAGUGGCUCAUCGCAAUGGCAAUGGGACUAGCACUGGUCAUCGGUACACUGGACAUUCUGAUCGGAUUAUUAGGCACCACGAUGAUCGGUAUAGGAGUACCCAGCGUGGAGGAGCACGCCAUGUCUCAGGUCCUUUUGACCGAAGACGUGAGAAACAAUGGCGAGCAAAACCAAAUACUAUCACUGCUAUUGAUGGACACCAGGGUUUGGUUACGCCAUGUAGUAACAAUGGGGAUAUGGCUCCAUAUGGCCAUGUUUCGAGUUCUGCGACAAAAGUCAGAGGAACCAAUGAUGGGGAUGAACACGGUGUGCCGGGUAUUGCACGGGUCAGUGAUAGCAUGAGGCUCGCGAGUAAAAUUGUUACACCAACGGCUGAUGCCGCGACCAUCCAUAUGGAGAGCUACGUAACGAUGCGUUCAAAGGGAUCUGCUAGAGCUUUGACAUUCUCACAUGAGGAUGUCCAGGAGGUAAAUGGGGAUGGUCAAAUGAUUGGAGCAUUGAAUGACAUGGAGAGUGUUGAACAACAAGCUGAAGGGAUGCUGGAGUUUGAGCCAGAAGAGGAUGAUUUCAAUGAUGAUGAUUUACUAGGUGAGGAGUUAAUGGAUUCUGAAGGAAAAAGCAAGAAGGAAAAAAUUGCCCGUACAGGGAGUAGGAGUUCCAAAUCGGGACAGUCUUCAACACGCAGUAGGCGACAUGGAGUUCCAUCACAUGCCCCUUUGGGUAUUCAAAACAAGAAAUUUGAGUUACUCCGUAGGGGAUCUCCUAGGGGAUCAUAG